AUGGUUAAAAAGGUGUUAAUGCUUCAUGGGUACGCCCAAUCGGGUACCAUUUUUUCUUCGAAAACUGGUGGGCUUCGUAAAACGCUUGGAAAGCUGGGCUACGAGCUUUUUUAUCCAUGUGCACCUAACAGGAUAGCAGGUGCCGAUAUGAGAGACAUUGAUGACAUGGCGGCGCAAUUCAACACCCAGGCUGGGACCGAUGAUAUCUUUGGAUGGUGGCUCAAGGAUCCAAAUGAUCAAUACAAGGUUCCACAGGAUACGAUAGACUUUUUACGUAGCUAUAUCAUCGAGAAUGGCCCAUUCGAGGGCAUCAUCGGAUUCAGCCAAGGAGCGGGCUACGCAGGAUACUUGUGCACAGACAUACGUCAACUACUUGGCCUGACCCAGGAGCAGCAGCCGGAUUUCAAGUUUUUCAUCAGUUUCAGUGGGUUCAGAAUGGCACCUGCAUGGUUCCAGAAGCAGUACUCAGAACAUCUAAUCACGGUGCCGUCCUUGCAUGUAGAGGGAGAGCUUGACACUGUGGUAGAGAGCAGCAGGGUCACGGCACUAUUCAAUGCGUGUUCUCCUGACACCAGGACACUUCUGAAGCAUCCAGGCGGCCAUUUUGUGCCAAACGGCAAGGGUUUCGUUACAAAAGUGACCAAUUGGCUACAGAUGCUGGACAAAAAUAGUUCAGAAGAGACUCCAGAACAAAAGAAAGAGCCCACAGAUCCUACCAAGCCUGAUCUCGACGACGACCUUUUGGCCAUGAUAGACGGGAUUGGCAAGGUCUAG